AUCGUCAGCGCUGUGGACGAGAGCCCCGAGUGCGUCACCAUCUCGGACCCGCGCGUGGCAGGCCACCCUCUCAUCUACGUCAACCAGGCCUUCUGUCGGACGGUCGGCUACAGCAGGUCAGAAGUGCUCGGGCGGAACUGCCGCUUCCUCCAGGGCCCCGAGACGGAGGUGGGCGCCGUGGCGGCCAUCGUUGGUGCAAUCCGCAGCGGCGCAGAUUGCAGCGUCCGGAUCACCAACUACAAGCGCAGUGGCGAGACCUUCCUCAACCUGCUCUGCUUGCGCGCCGUCACCGACGCAGAGGGCGCCGCGAGGUUCUACAUUGGCGUGAUGCAAGAGAUCCGGGCUGGCCAACGUGAUCUCGAGCUGCUGCUCGCGGUGCGAGAGCUGAGCGCGCAGCCCGCAGACGCGCAGGCGGCCCAGGCGCGCGAGCUGGCCGACGCGUUCAUGCCGGGCUUCGAGGGCGCCUCGCCAGCGGAGCUGGUUGAUCAACUCCUGCAGGCAGCCGGCGAAACGGCCGAGGCCUUCGCAAGGGAGUGGAUUCCCUCCUUCUUGUGCUCGCCAUCCAGCGACGCGGUGGUACGGCGGCUGCCGGUGGGGUGCGAGCGUCCCUUUGGCAGCGCGUCCCACCUGCUCUGGGACCAGUACCGCGUGGAGCCUGCGGCGUCUGGCUGGCUCUACUCCAUCGUCAGCGCUGUGGACGAGAGCCCCGAGUGCGUCACCAUCUCGGACCCGCGCGUGGCAGGCCACCCUCUCAUCUACGUCAACCAGGCCUUCUGUCGGACGGUCGGCUACAGCAGGUCAGAAGUGCUCGGGCGGAACUGCCGCUUCCUCCAGGGCCCCGAGACGGAGGUGGGCGCCGUGGCGGCCAUCGUUGGUGCAAUCCGCAGCGGCGCAGAUUGCAGCGUCCGGAUCACCAACUACAAGCGCAGUGGCGAGACCUUCCUCAACCUGCUCUGCUUGCGCGCCGUCACCGACGCAGAGGGC